AUGAAAUGUACGUCUUCAGAACUUUUUCAAAAUUUUCAUCCAAACGCAUUAGGGAAACCAAUGAGAGAUAUUUUUAGCAAAACAUUCUGUGAUAUCAAUAUUGCACCCUUAGAAUGGUGA